GGCGUGCAAGGACGUGCUGGGGGUCAUCAAUAUGGCGGCGCCCAGCGUGUGACUUAACGUGAGUUCUGUCUGGUGAAUGGAUCCGGGGACCCCGUACACCGCACACCGCCGGGGCUACUAUUGCCGCUUUGUGUGACCCGGAGGAGCUCUGCCGCCCUCUAUAGACCGUGUCCUGAAACAUCUUCCACUACCAGACACAAUGCUGCAGAGUCUCCGCACUGUCUUUGCCCGGCGUGUAUUUCCGAACCCACGCCUGUAUCCUGCCCUGAGUUUAGUGGAUGGUGUCUGCUCGGGGAAACGCUUCUAUACGCCACCUAAUGAAAGAAAGAAGUUUUAUGAAAAUGUCAGUGUUUCCCAAGGUGAAGGAGGAUUUGAAAUCAACCUGGAUCGCAGGAAGUUAAGAACUCCACAAGGAAAAGUCUUCAUGGUGCCCACAGAACCUCUAGCACUUGCUGUGGCCACAGAAUGGGAUAGUCAGAAGGACACAAUAAAAUUCUUCACUAUGCACAUGACCACACUGUGUAACACAGUCUUGGAUAACCCAACAUUUAGGAAUAAAGAGCAGCUGAUUGGAGCCUCAUUGAAGUUCCUGGACACCGACACAAUAUGUUACAGAAUGGAGGAGCCACCAGAUCUGGUCGCGCUACAGAAGAAUGAGUGGGACCCCGCGCUACACUGGGCUGAAAAAAGGUAUGGUGUUGUGAUCGGAUCUUCCACCAGCAUCAUGGGCCCUGUAAUUCCUCCUGAGACCAAAGAGGUGUUCCACCGCCACCUGGCAUCCUACAACUCCUGGGCACUAUUAGGCAUUGAGUUCAUUACUACACAGCUGAAGUCUCUGAUUCUCUGCAUGGGUCUCGUAGACCGUUUCCUGACUGUGGAGAAAGCUGUCGUUUUAUCUCGUUUAGAAGAGGAAUAUCAGAUCCAGCACUGGGGGAACGUAGAGUGGGCUCACAAUAUCGAUCUGUAUGAAUCAUGCGCUCGGACGGCUGCAGGAACUUUAUUCGUCCAUCUUUGUUCUUCAAGUUCGACUGUAAAACACAAACUCUUACAGGACUGACCCCGGGCAGUGUAACUAAACCAACAAACCCUGGUGGCGACAGCAGCCAUGUCUUGCGACAUCCAGACAUUUUUAAAUGAAGGUAUACAAACUUAUCUCUCAAUUUUUUUUUAUUUAAAAUGUGGUAAAUAAUAAAUGUUAAAACAGACCGCUAGAGAAUGAGGACGUGUUUUAUGAUGCAAUAUAACAAGCGCUUUGUGAGUGCGAAUUGAUCUAAAAUAUUGUAUAACAUUUCAAAUAAAAUGUUCCUGCUAAGAAAA